AUGGAAGACCAAGCCUUUUUUGAUUGGGGCGGCAUUGGUGAUGGGACAGAGAUAGGUCUAUUCCUUCCCUCAGCCGGGCUGGAUGGGGACUGGUCGAUGGAAGGUGUCGAUGUCGUCACCGCUCCGACCUGGAACGGCAGCACGGCAUGUGACCAGACCGCAAUGGAUCUCGAUGGAGGGGGUCUACUCCUCGCCGUUCAAGCUUCUCUGUCUGGCACCAACGACCACGGACCCACGGAGUCAUUUUUGUCUUAUCUCGAAGACGACGGCGCAUCCUCGGCGCAGGAUUCUCGAUCCGAAGCGGACGACAGCAACGCAUUCUCCGCUCCAUCCUCUGCCUUCCAACACAUUGAGGACCCGUCCCCCCCUCGAUCCGAAGCGGACAACAACGCGUCCUCCGCUCCAUCCUUCGCUCCAUCCUUUGCCUUCAUCAAGGCCCCGUUCCCCCCUCGAUCCAAAGCGGGCAACAACGCAUCCUCCACUCCAUCCUCCGCUCCAUCCUUCGCUCCAUCCUCCGCUCCAUCCUUUGCUCCAUCCUUUGUCUUCAUCGAGCACCCGUACUCUCGACCCGAAGCAGGCAACAACGCAUUCUCCGCUCCAUCCUCCGCUCCAUCCUAUACCUUUAUCGAGGACCCGUCCUCUCGACCCGAAGCCGACAACAACGCAUCCUCCACUCCAUCCUAUACCUUCAUCGAGGACCCCUCCGCUCCAUCCUUUGCCUUCAUCAAGGCCCCGUUCCCCCCUCGAUCCAAAGCGGGCAACAGCAACGCAUUCUCCAUUCCAUACUAUACCUUCAUCGAGGACCCGUCCGCUCGACCCGAAGCCGACAACAACGACGCAUCCUCCGCUCGAUCCUAUAUCUUCAUCGAGGACCGACCCGACGUCCACUAUACCGUUCCGUCCUCCGCGCCACCACCAUCCUCUCGGCCCACAGCCUACGACCAGAUAACAUGGGCGCGACCUCUUCAACAAGACGACACCGACGAGAUCAUAUCGUUGGGAAAGAGUCAAUUACCCGAGAAGCGUGUCCCCACGGUGAAGAUGUACGAACGCAACGCCACUCCAAACGCCGCAGACGGCAUGUAUGAUUGCGAGUAUUGUGAGGAGAGGUUCCCGCGCGCCCAUGCUUGGAAAAAACACAUGGACAAGCACGAGCGCCCGUACAAAUGCACUUUCGAGGGGUGCACGAACCGCGACGGAUUUUCAAGCCCGUGCGCCCUCAUGCGUCACCACGAACACCUCCACCUCAGAAAGGUCCAGUGGUUCUGCAUCUUCGAGGACUGCGAACGACACGAACGCGGCUUUCAUCGGAGCGACCACGCCUGGAGGCACGAAGAGCGUGUCCACAACUACUACCGACCGGAUCCCGAGGAGAGCAUUUGCAAGUGGUGCAAGCGGGGUGAAAUCACCGGCAAACGGCCGACGAAGAGGAGGAGGACCACCACCACCGAGAAGGACAAGGACAAGGCCGAAAGUCCCGCGGAACAGUGGGUAAUCGAUGACCGUGAGGCCGCCGCAACAACCCUCGAGGAAAAGAUUCAACAUCACAAGAAAGAGUUGGAGAGGCUCACCGGAGGAUUGCUGCGAGGAGUCCCGGAUGCUUAA